UCCCACCCAACCUCACCCUAGAAAGAGCAGGAAAUCUAGGCAAGAUGAGCAAGCGACGUGCAGAGCCCGCAGAGACUGAGGUCGAGCCCCUAAAAUCCGGCAACCGGCCCGUCAAGUUCGAGCAGGACGAAAUCGGCGAAUUUGAGGACGAGUACGAAGAUGAGUAUGAGAGCGAGGACGAGAUAUUCGAGGCUGGAGUAGACGGCCGGCCAGAUGAAGAGAGGGAGGCGGAAGAACGCGAGGAUGCUAUGGAAGUCGAUCAAGAAACCUUUAUGCCCGGCCGCAACAAGCUAUCAGCUGGCGAAACACUCGCGCCCGACUUCACCGCCUACCAAAUGCUACAUGCCCUCGAAUCUCCCUGGCCCUGCCUCUCAUGCGACAUUGUGGGUGACCAGCUGGGCUCGGACCGCAAAUCAUACCCAGCGACCGUCUAUGCUGUCGCCGGAACACAAGCCGCUAGAGGUCGUGAAAAGGAAAACCAGCUCAUGGUGCUGAAACUGAGCAGCCUAAGUCGAAUGCAGCGUGAGCAGGAGGACGAUUCGGAUGACGAUUCAGACGACGACUCCUCGGACCCAAUCCUUGAGACAAAAUCAAUCCCACUCAACACCUGCACCAACCGUAUUCGCUCGCACCAAUCCCCCCAAUCAACCUCUGCCGCCCCUCCUACAACCCUCACAGCUUCAAUGACGGAGUCCGGCCAAGUGCUGAUUCACGAUAUCACACCACACCUCUCCGCCUUCGACACCCCCGGCGCAACCAUCACUCCUGCGCAAAAUAAGCCUAUCCACACAAUCACCGUACAUAAAGGAAUAGAAGGGUAUGCUGUAGAUUGGUCGCCCAAGAUACCAGAAGGCAAGCUCGUCACCGGCGACUGCAACGGCAGAAUAUUUGUAACAACUCGAACACAAGGGGGCGGCUUCGUCACCGACGCGAAGCCGUUUACUGGCCACGACAACAAUAGCGCGGUAGAAGAGCUGCAGUGGUCGCCCUCUGAGAACCACGUCUUCGCGUCCGCCGGCGACGACGGCACCGUCAGGAUAUGGGAUGCGCGGUCAAAAAGCCGCAAGCCGGCCGUCAGCAUGAAGGUCUCUGAUGUAGACGUCAAUGUGCUCUCAUGGUCGCAUCAAACGAGUCACCUCCUAGCUUCAGGGGCAGAUGACGGGCAAUGGGCGGUGUGGGACCUGCGGUCGUGGAAACCGAGCACCAAGUCCUCCGACCUCACACGUCCAACUCCGGUGGCUUCUUUCAAUUUCCACAAAGAGCAGAUCACGAGCGUCGAGUGGCACCCGACCGAAGACAGUAUCGUGCUUGUAUGUGCAGGCGACAAUACGGUUACGCUGUGGGAUCUGGCGGUUGAACUAGACGACGAGGAGAGCAGGGAUACGGCUGGCGUGCAGGAUGUCCCGCCACAGCUAUUGUUCGUGCAUUACAUGGAGCAGGUAAAAGAGGCGCAUUGGCAUCCGCAAAUACCAGGAACAGUGAUGGCGACGGGAGGCAGUGGAUUUGGGGUGUUCAAAACUAUCAGUGUGUAGAUACCCGACCGGAAAAAAAGUAAAUGGAGACCAUUUAAAGUUGUUCCCACCUCUUUUCUAUCUCGUUGGAACAUGGAGGCAUUACUCGCUCGCUAUAUGAUU